AUGGCCUCGUUCACUUUGGAUUUGGGUGAAAAGCCGGAGGAAAAUGACGAUGUGCGCCUGCCCAAGGAGCAGCCACCACCAGCCUUUUUCGAAUCGAAGACCUUCCGGAUAAUCUCGAUCUUUCUGUAUCUGGGCGGGAUCAGUGGCCUGGGAAUGGUGCUGGCCCUCUACUAUCUCAUGUUCUUCGACUCCAGCAUGCCGGACAUCCAUCUCAAGUUCCCCGUCUCCAUUGGCGGCCAUCCAGUGCAGAAGGUGCACGAGUACCAGUGACCAUUUGACCACUUGACCCAGCCGGGUGAUAAAAUUGUGAUACCCGAGAAAAUAGCCAUUCGCCUCCUAAACUCAUCGGAAGUGACCGCGGAGCAGUUCUACAAG